AGAGAGCAUUUCCGCCGGCUUUCUCGACCGACAUUCAACAACAGAUAAAGGACGCAGCCAGAGGCCACCCUUCGUUCGUUCGUCGUCGGGUUGUUUUGUUUCCUUUCCUUUUUCGCGAUAGUGGAGCCAAAGCCAACGAGAACGAGAGAAGAGCACGCAAGCCAAGCCAGCCAGCCGGUCGGCAGACGAAACUGGAUAACAGAAUCGGAGGUCGCGAAAGCAUCAUCAGUGCACUUUUAUCACUUGUCGGGUUCGGUCGAACAAAAGGAAAUUUCUAACGGUCGUCUCGGAGUACAAUCGGAUUGUAUAGUGACUUUCGGGUUCUGAAACAGUUUGUUGGUUGGAGAUCUGAAUCAAAGCUUUUGCGGUAGUGAUUAGCGGUGGAAAAGAGAAGAUUUAAAGGUCCUUCUAUCGUUUUGCGAAACGAGUGUCGAUUAUCUCAUCAAACGCGUGUUCGUGUGGUGCGGUGAUUUAAACGGAGUGGCUUUUGUUUUCGGGGGAUUUAUUGGAUUUUAGCCGCCCGAACUUGGUGGAUUCCAAUAGGAAUCGACACUUGUCGGCGGCCGUAAAGGCCAACCAUCGAGUGCUCGGAUUUUAUGAAUGAAACAACAGCAGAUGCGCUCAUUCAUUAAACCCCCAGGACGUCGUCGACGUGUGCUGCAAUAGCCAUCCCCAGUCGGCGAGAACAGACCACGAGCGGUGCAUCUUUCAAUUUGGCUCGAUUUAAAUUGAAUAGAAUUGGCAAACGGACCCGGGUGUUUUUUUUUUCGGUCCUUCGAGAGUGAAGUUGGUGCGAGGCGCGUGUGACGACUUUUAUUCCCGACUACGAUGGCUGACAGCCGGCAGCAACGUGAAUCCCAUUUUGUGAUGUGACUAAUUGUGCCUUCGUGUGCCCGCGUUUGCAUCCCGGUAGAAAAUCAUCGGCGAAAGAAAAGCCGUUAGAAACGGAAGAAAAUUAUCCUAGCGGCGGCCGACCGGACCGGUACGAAAACAGGACGCCAGGCGGUUUGGCGGAAGAAGUGCGCGCGUGAGUAUCGGUGGCGAAGAAGAGGAACACCGUGUUGCAGCAGAGAAGAAAAAAAACGUUGUUUGUGACUUUUUGCAGGAUUCCAGUGUGAUCAGUCAUCGCUCGUCUCCGGAAAAAAAGUGAAAAAUUACGAAGAACAGCAAAAAAAAAACUGGCACUCCUCGAAAAAUAGCUCAUGCAUCGGAAGGAUUCGAAUCUGCUACCACCGUCAUCGCCGAGGGGGUCGCACAGACAAAGGAUAGCGAACUCGUGCCCGUGUAGCCGCAGCAUCCCGGUGGUGUCGUCAUCCUCCGGUGCAUGGCGGAGCUGCCGCCAUAGUGCUGGUGCUGCUGCUGCUGCGUCACUAUCAACGGCUACGAACAAUUUCCCGGUGGAGCCUACAGCCGCCAACAGACUGGCAAUGAUGACGGCGAAGACUGCGACGACCGGGAGAUGCCACUUGUGGUGGUUGCUGGUAAUCCCGACUCUGCUCCUGAGCACGUCGGUCGCCGUGACUCAGUGCAAUGUCUUGGACCCAUAUUACACCGUCGCGCGUCUUCAUCUGAGCAUUCCUAUCUCCAAGGAAGCAUACAUCAUCCUAAGAGAUCACCCCCUCCUAAGCGUGUCCUUACCUCAAAAGAAAAAUACAACCGAACCAUUCAGCUACAGCAUCGAAAGCCCCACUGAACCAUACCUGAAAGUGAACGACACCUCCGGAGAGCUUUGGUUAGCUUCGCAUUUUCUCGACCUUCAGUCCCCGACGGAAUUCAUUAUCACAGCACACAACCGACGACAGAGCGGAGAGCUGCUAAGACGACUCAGUUUGACCAUCAGUCCCACUCCGGUGGGAAACAUUUCACUAUCACGUUUCUGCCAGGAGCACGUUGACAAAAUUUGCUUCUGGGACCGGGCCAUUUACAAAAUUCAGGAAAACGAAUCACCUGGUUUCACGAUUGGACCGCUCGGUGCCGCCGACCUGUACCAGAAGCUGUGUCGGACGCGCUCCGUCAGCCAUCAACUGAACAACGCAACCAAUUAUGUGACCGUGGCCGCCAAUGGAUCAUUGCACAGUGUCAUCCCGUUGGAUUACGAUUCCGCUCGGCCGGGUGCUCUCUUGAAGGCCACCGCUCGCUGUACGGUUCAGUUCGGCGAAAACGAUGUUCCUGUGGAGCUGGACAAAACCGUCGAAAUCGCCGUGCUGGAUCGGAACGAUAAUCGACCCCGCUUGCAGCACACUAAUGACACACACAUCGAGCUGCCGUUGGACGAUCCGCAUAUUAACGAGGGCGAACCUCUCAAACACUUGAACGUUCUCUUCAUCGACAAAGACUCAAUCGCCAUGAACAGUCACGUGCACUAUCAACUGUUGAAUGACUCUUACCAGUUGUUCGAACCAAAGUGCGUAACUUACGAAAUCGACCACGACGGAACGAGACAAACGGUGUUCAGUUGCUCAUUAAUCGCUCGCAAGAGUGGAAUCCUCCCGAAGGGACGCUACUGCGUAGUGCUGAAAGUAGUGGACGAUACGGUCUCCAGUAGUGUAGAUCCCAAUCUAUUCGACAAUUCGACGAUCUGUAUCGAUCCAAGCCACAACCACCUGUUGCUACCCCGACCGGAACCGCUCAUCAGUGGUGAUCAUUCCGGUGCGGUGGUGGUGGACAGCAAACCGGCUCGUUCCGGCGGUAACGGCGGCAGUGGUGGUAAGAAAAGAUCCAGCAAUAAACUGGCAACGGCCUUGGCGAACUUUACCUACCCCAGGAAGGUAGAGUUGUACACCAGUGCGACCCAGUUUGCUCGCAUAGCGCAACCGAGCAACAUGUACGAUCAAAUUGCGGACGGUAAAACGGAUUUGAACUACCGUAUUCUCAUCAACCCGCUCGACGCUUUUGGUAUCACCGAAUCCGCGGGGAUCAUCUACCUCAACAAUUCGGCAAACAUUCAGAAGCAAAUUUCGAACGUAUCUCUGAAUCUAGUGGUAGCGUGGUUGAACCACAACGCCACAAUUCAAAUUUCGAUCAAAAUUUCGUCGGGAAUUUCCUGCAACGUUACUUCGGAAGAUUUUUGCUCCGCCCAUCCGAAUCAGACGAGUUGCAUCAAUAGCUGCGGAGUUGGUAGUCGGGAGGGAACCUGUAAGUUCCGGAUUUCCGAUCCUGCCAGUGCGUUCGGUGGUUUGUUCAGUAAGCCGGAAGAGUCGACAUUCGAUGAGAACUAUCCAACCUGUUCGCCGGAUUUGGACUACUGCCCGGAUAACGUGUGCGAUCCUCUAGAAGAUAUGGGCCACAAGAGAAAAAUCCAGAUUUGCCCCCAAGAUUGCGUUUACCCGGAUGAAAUCAUCGGCGUUUUUGAGCGUUUGCAUACCACAGCGAGAGGGAUUCACAUGUCCGGAGCUGGAACUUGCACUUGUCGACGAACUGGACAGUGCGACUGCGUCAGUCGGCUUGGUAUCAAGAAAGAACACCGAAAGAAUAACACCAAAACUAGGACGGGCAAAACCAGCACGACUACGGAACCGGUUGUACUCUUCAAUGGGACGAACGGUGCAUCCUCACCAGCCGCAGUACGCGAUGGCGGUAAUUACUAUCAGAACGGACUGAUCAAUGGCCCGAAUGCGCCGAUGUUCCUGCUGGCCAUUGUAGUUAUUCCGAUGAUCGUAGCCGUGCUCUUGGUGUCCUAUUGCUUCUCCCGGAAAACAGGUCUCAAGAAGAAACUGGCAGAUGGCAACAACAUUCCGAUGCACAUGGUCAGCAACGAAACAGAAGUGUUCAACGUGGAUCUUCCGCUGAAUUCGAGGAUAAAUGACAUCAACUUCAAAAUCGAUUUUGACUCCAAGUGGGAAUUUCCCCGUACUAAUCUGAUUCUGGACAUAACCCUCGGCGAAGGAGAGUUCGGUAAGGUUUUGAAAGCGUACGCAACCGAUCUACCGGAUAAGCCGGGAAUUACCACCGUGGCGGUAAAGAUGUUGAAAACCGGCGCCAAUUCGGUGGAGCUGUUGGCUCUGCUCUCCGAGUACCAACUGCUUCAGGAAGUGACGCAUCCCAACGUGAUCCGAUUGCUCGGUGCUUGCACCAAAGGCGACUCUCCGUUGUUGAUCAUCGAGUAUUGCCUGUACGGAUCGUUGAAAAACUAUCUUCGCUUGAGCCGCAAGCUGGAGGUUAUGAACGCAACCGAUUACGAAAACGCCAUCGAACCUAUCACGGUCAAGGACAUCCUCUCAUUUGCGUGGCAAAUUAGCAAAGGCAUGGCCUAUCUUACCGAAAUAAAACUAGUCCAUCGAGAUCUGGCCGCACGGAAUGUGCUCCUUGCCGAGGGUAAGGUGUGCAAAAUAUCGGACUUUGGACUGACCCGCGACGUGUACGAGGACGAUGCCUACCUGAAGAAGAGCAAAGAUCGAGUGCCGGUCAAGUGGAUGGCCCCGGAAUCGCUGGCCGAUCAUAUCUACACCACCAAAAGCGAUGUGUGGGCUUUCGGAGUCGUGUGCUGGGAGCUGAUCACACUGGGCGCCUCGCCAUACCCUGGCAUUCCGCCGCAGAAUUUGUAUACGCUGUUGAAGCAAGGGUACCGAAUGGAAUGUCCGAAAAACUGCUCGGAAGAAAUCUACAGCAUAGUUCGCUCUUGCUGGGCCGAUGAUCCGAAGCUGCGACCCUCGUUCAAGUAUUUGGCUGGCCAGUUUGAGCAACUGUUGGGACGGACCGCCAAGUACAUCGAUAUGGAGCAGAACUCCAUUUCUAAUCCGGUGUACUGCGAGAAUAGUGACGAAACCGAUUGUUCCAAAGUAUCCUUCGUCAAGGAGGAACAGGAACGUCUCGAAAGCCUCUGGACGCCACCACAGUACGAGCCGGCCACGGACAGCAGUACCCUGGAAAGCAUCCGCUAUUUAUCGCCCAUAACGGACAAAAAAUCCCUUAUUCUACAAAGUUACGAUACACCUCGUCCGUUGAUCGAAACCGCCACCAUCGAGCAGAAGUUACGCUACGAAAACGACGUCCGAUUGCGGCCCAGGAAAAUCCAUAACGGCGUAUAUCCGCCUUCGUCCACACCUACCAUCUACAUCAACUCGUCCAGCCAUCCGAACCUGUUCUCCAACCGGAUGGAUGAAACUUCAUUUUCCGUGGUGAACGCCACCGGCGGAGAUUACGAUUCACCCAGCAGGCAACCUCGGCCCGUGUCCUAUCUGGACAUGAACAAGAACAGCGUCAACCUGAACCUGGAGAUCAACAACAUCGUGGACAAGAAGCAAUCGAAGGAUAUCGCUUUUCGAUUUUCGAGCGUCGAUAACGAUUUGCAAACAGUGGGCGACGCACUGACGACCCCCACGCAGUCGACGGCCAUUCCGAUCAUCGGGAGGGUGCAGAGCGAUCCCAAGCUGGACAACAACGUUGGCGGAGGAAGAGACGAGGUGGACUUUAUGCCUGGGAAGCUGCAAAAUAAGCCGGAAGUUCCGCCGGUAACCGUAACCUCGACUGUUUAAGCUUAGGACGCCAUGAUAGGAAAUUUUUCGUUUCUUUUAACAGGUAGGUAUUUAUUUCCGAAGCGAGAUUUUUGGCAUAAAGUGUUCUGGCAUAGAGUCGUUUGGCAUAACUGAAAUACGCCUUUCUGUUUAUGAUAACUGUACAAGUUUCAGAUCGAAGGCAAAUCGCAUAAAGCCGAUUCGCAUAAACAUGUUUCAAUCGGAUGGUCAACUCAUUGCGGAACAAGAAACUUUCUGCCAAUUGUUCUCGACACAGUUACAUUAUUUUUGUUUUAAGUUUUUUCCUUGAUUCCUAAGAGCAAAAUCAAUAGUCAGAACGACACAGUAACCAUAAGAAAAAAAAUAAGUGAUCUUAUGUGCAGUGGAACCAAAGUAGUACCAAACCAACAUACAACUAGUAGAGCAAACCAACCGAAUAUUUGAUAUCAAUAUUACCGUAGUUAGGUGCUAAGACAAACAGAUUAGCGGAGCUUACCAAAGUGUUUUCUCUCGUUGUAACGACAUUUUAUGUUUAUUUAUUUCACGUGUUCGAACUCUAUGUUUGCUUGUGCGAAGCAAUGAUCUCAUUUAUGUUUGUACCUAAUCGAUAUUUAUACUUCUCUCAGUAUGAUCAGCAGGAGCUGAUUGGCUUACGUUCCUAAGUUAUUUAUUCCUAAUUGUAUGUUCUAGAGACAGGAAAAAAAUGUGCCAUAAAUUGUUAAUCUAUUGAUACACGCGCGUACAGACAUUUUAGAUAAUAAGAUGUUUAUUACUCUA